AUGAUAGCUAAUUGUGUCAACUGCCCUACUGUGCCUAGCUAUUAUAAUUAUUUUACAAUAUAUACAGCAAUCGGAACUACGACUCGUAUUGCGUUUUCGCUUCGUCGAAGCAACGGUUACUUCGCACUUGAUGAUAUUUCGGUACGAAGUCUUACAGCACCAAACGUGGAACGUACUGUAAAUGGGGGUUUUGAAUUAGGUGAUCUUACGAGUUGGUCUUAUUGCGAUCAAAACAAUUCAUCAAUGAGUGGUGGAGUUAAAGCGAAUUCAUCUAAUUUUACUUAUCUUACUGUUACAUUUCGCUCGCAAUCAGGUUCUUAUUAUUAUGUAGGCGGAAGUACAACGAAUGCCGAUUAUCUCAGUCAAACAUUUACGACUGUGAUUGGUACACUAUAUAAUGUUAGCCUUUGGGUUUUAAUAUCAGGCACUGGUUCAUCAAACGACGCUGCCCUUUUUCUUGGAGUUUGA